AUGCCUUCUCAGAAUGCUGUUCUUUCUCAAAAGGAAAACAUGGAGGAGAAAGAAAUGAAUGAUGGAUCACAGAUAGUCAGGUCCCAGGAAUUAUUGACAUUCCAGGACGUAGCUGUAGACUUCACCAGAGAGGAGUGGGCCCAGCUGUACCCUGCUCAGAAGAACCUCUACCGAGAUGUGAUGUUGGAGAACUACAGGAAUCUGGUCGCACUGGGGCAUCAACUUUGUAAGCCAGAGGUAAUCACACAGUUGGAGCAAGAGGAACAGUGGAUGAUAGAAAGAGACAGCCCACUGGACACUCAUCCAGAUGGAGAAAACAGACCCCAAAUCAAAACGUCAACUGCAGACCAGAAUAUUUCUGAUGAAUAUCAAACCCAUGACAUGAUAAUGGAGAGGCUAACAGGAGACAGCUUCUGGUAUUCCAUUUUGGGAGGACUCUGGGAUUUUGAUUACCAAUUAGAGUUUAACCAAGAAAAUCAGCAGAGACAUUUAGGACAAGUAUCUUUCUCUCACAGAAAGAUUACACAGGAGAGAAGCCCUGAAUAUAAUAAAUUUGCAGAAAACUAUAAUCUGAACUCAAAUAUUAUGCAUCAGAGAAUUUCCUCAAUUAAAAUACCCUUUAAUUCUGACAUGCAAGGAAAUAAUAUCAAACAUAAUUCAGACUUGAUCUACUAUCAGGGAAAUUGUGUAAGAGAGAAUCCCUAUGAAUAUAAUGAGUGUGAAAAGAUCUUCAAUCAACAUAUUCUUCUUACUAAUCAUAUUCGUACUGGAGAGAAACCCAGUAAAUGUGGAAAGACCUUCAGCCACAACUCAUCUCUUACCCAACCUCAGAUAGUCCUUACAGGAGAGAAGCCCUAUAAGUGUGAUGAAUGUGGGAAAAGAUUCAGCCAGAGGAUACAUCUUAUUCAGCAUCAGAGAAUUCACACGGGGGAGAAACCUUUUAUAUGCAAUGAAUGUGGGAAAGCCUUCCGUCAACAUUCAUCCUUUACUCAACAUCUGAGAAUUCAUACUGGAGAGAAGCCCUAUAAAUGUAAUCAAUGUGGUAAAGCUUUCAGCCGUAUCACAUCCCUUACAGAACAUCACAGACUUCAUACUGGAGAGAAACCUUACGAAUGUAGUUUUUGUGGCAAAGCCUUCAGCCAGAGGACACAUCUUAACCAACAUGAGAGAACACAUACGGGAGAGAAACCCUAUAAAUGUAAUGAAUGUGGGAAAGCCUUUAGCCAGAGUGCACACCUUAAUCAACAUAGGAAAAUCCAUACUCGGGAGAAAUUAUAUGAAUAUAAAUGUGAUAAAAUCUUAAGCCACAGUCCUUCACUUACUCAGCAGCACGUUACUCAUGGUGGGGGAAACCAUAUGACUAUAUAA